UGGUGCAAUUUAAAGCCUCUUGUCCCCUCCAUAUAUGUAAACUGUGUCUCUAAAACCCCAACUCUUGGGUUUUGGCGGCUGCCCCUUCUCCAAGCGCUCUCUCUCUAGAGUCUCUCGCGUCUCUUCCUUGACCUUUCCCCAAAAAUCCCCACCUCUUAAAUUCUCCUCUCGCUUUAAAUUCUAGGGUUUCUCUUUCUUUCUUUAUCGUUUAUCAAUAUCAUCAGCAUCACCGUCAUCAUGGCAGCUGUUUCUUCUCCUUCUGAUCGUAUCCUUACUAACUUCCCUCUUCUGGAGGUUGCAGAUGUGAUGGAGAAUUUGUCAUUAGAUUCUCAGACAAAGAGUGCUGAAAUUCCUGAACCCACAAAGAAGGGCAUCUAUGGCAAUAAUGAAACUUUUAUGUACCAUCAAGGCUAUGGUUAUGCACCUUUCGGGGCAUAUCCUUCACCAAGUUCUACUGUGCCUACAAGGGGAAAUGAUGGCCAGCUGUAUGGUACAGAGCACUAUCUGUACCCUAGUCCUUUUUACCAGGCUUCGGCUUCAACUGGCACACUUUAUUCUCCUAACUCAGCCAGUGCUUCCCAAGCAGAGGUUCCAACUUCUGCUGCAGCUGAUAAGGCGGCUUCGUCUGUUGGGACUGCUGCAGGAAACACCAAUAAUACAGUGAACAUUGGAAACAGUGGAAGUGUAAAUAGAAGUAAUCGACCAAAACCUUUCAGACCUAGUAAUCGAAAUUCAUCUGCAAGUUUAAAUGUUCCCUAUAACGGGGGAAGUUUACCAACAGGAUUUCCUUCACACGGUUAUCAAGACCCAAGGUUUGGAUACGAUGGAUUUCAGUCACCGAUCCCAUGGUUAGAUGCCUCUAUGUUUCCUAAUGGGCCUCCUGGACAUGCAAUCAGCACUGCAUUCUCUUCACCAGUGGCUACAAGACCAAUGUCUGGUUUGGGCCUAGCUUCUGGAGGCAUGAACAUGUACCCAAACAAUAGAAUGUAUGGCCAAUAUGGAUACAGACCUGGUGCAGGUUUUGGAUCCUUUGGUGGUAAUUCGUGGACAAAUGGACGUGGGUGGGUGGUUGUUGAUAAUAAGUACAAAUCUAAGGGCAGCUAUGGCAAUGAGAAUAUGGAAGGUUUAAGUGAGUUGAAUAGAGGACCUAGGGCCAAGGGUUUUAAGAACCAAACGGAGUUGGACGCUGUUCCUCAGGCAGUCCAGGGGCAAAACCUGUCAGUGACUGAGGAUAACAAGGAGGAUAGUUUGCCUCAAAUGUCAGAGAAGGAACAGUACAACAGGGAGGAUUUUCCUGAGGAUUACUCAAACGCAAAAUUUUUUGUUAUUAAGUCGUACAGUGAGGAUGAUGUUCAUAAAUGCAUCAAAUAUGGUGUGUGGGCAAGCACGCCAAAUGGAAAUAAGAAGCUGGAUGCAGCUUACCAUGAAGCCAAAGAAAUUCCUGGUGGCUGUCCUGUAUUUCUACUAUUCUCUGUCAACACCAGUGGGCAAUUUGUUGGUUUGGCGGAGAUGGCGGGGGCAGUUGAUUUUAACAAAACAGUAGAGUAUUGGCAGCAGGAGAAGUGGAUUGGUUGCUUCCCUGUCAAGUGGCAUAUUAUUAAGGAUGUGCCAAAUAGUUCUUUGAGGCACAUAGCUCUUAAAAACAAUGAGAACAAGCCUGUCACUAAUAGUAGAGAUACACAAGAGGUUAUCUUGGAUGAAGGUAUUCAGAUACUUAAAAUUUUUAAGGGUCAUAAGGGCAAGACAUCUAUCCUGGAUGAUUUUGGGUUUUAUGCGGCUCGUGAAAGGAUUAUGCAGGAGAAAAGGGCUAAGCAAAAGAUUCAAAAACAGGUUUUUGAUGGGAAGCCUGGCGAUGACUUGGCCACUAAUAAAGAGAAACUUGCGAUGAUGGGUAAAGACAGUUCACAAAAAUCCACCGAUAUUGUAUUGAAGGAACCGGUGGGUCCUGCAGCAGUCAAACUGGGGAAGUUGAAUGGGGAGGUGAAGCUGGUAGAAGAAAAUGGAUGGUAUGCAGCAGUUGAAAACUCUUCCAACAAUGCCAAUUCUGUUGCUUCAUCUGAAAACAAAGUUGUUCCUACUGUGAUUUCAAGUGCCUGCUGAAUUUUAAGUGAUUACGAUUCCAUUUUGGGGUCGAUUUUUUAGGGCAGAGUUGCAGUGGGUGGGCUUCUUGACUAGUAGAGAAUAUGCUAAUUACUGUCAGCACUAACAUGGGUUAGUUUUACCUUUUCUGAUGGAUUCAUGCUUUGAAUCAGAAAGACCUCAGUGUUCUCGUAUAACUUGAUAAGAGAGAAUGGCUUCUCAGAACCUAUAAAGAUUUAAAAAUUCUUCUCUCCUAA